AUGAAGAGGAAGAAGGAGAAGCAGAAAGAAUGUAUAGACUUUAAAGUGAGAUCACAAGAAGCUUUCAGAUUUAUGGAAAUCUGCAUAGUGAAAGAUAACACAUUCAAGAUGCCAGAAGCUGAGGACUUGGCUCAGCUUCGGAAAAUGAACCUACAGCUCCUACAGCAGCUGCGGUUGGGGCAGGAGGAGAUCCGGAGGUCUGUGGCCUGGGCCAGGGGGGCAAUCCAGCUGUUCCCAAAGCUUACAAAAGGGGAGGGGAGCAGCAUCCAGUCAUCAGAAGCUUGGUGUAGUCAAGAUGAAGAGACCACUGUAUCCAGUGAACCCACCACCCAGUUGGGCCCCUGCCCAGCCCCUCGAGCUGCCACUGGGGACAGAGAAGCCUCAGACCAAGAACCGGAAGGCAGAAGCCAAGAGCCAGCCCCACAGAGCAGCACUGGUAACAACAGUGAGACUACAAAGAAUGAGUCUUCCUUGGAGAGUGUAUCUUCCUCAGAUUCUGCCUCAUCUAGCAUACCCCAGGGUCAGGAGCCCAAAGUCUCCUGGAGGCCUAUUUCCAGACCCACUUCAUUAAACUUGCCAUCUUCACCUGAGGCUGCAAAAUUGGGGCCCACAAUUGACCCUGUACUCUUUGGGCUCCAGAGGCCAUUACAUGAAACAGAAGAUCCGGGAGGCCUAAGGCCUAUCCUAACAGCCCAGCAGUGGCAGAAUUUCAAGACCUCUCAGGUACCUGCCUGGUUCGGCUCUGAAUCCAUCAACCCAAAGCUGCGCUGGCUUCCCACCUCUUCACACCUGCCCGGUGGACAGCUGCCCAGCUGCCCCCAUGAUCAGGAUUUUCUGAUUCCCAAAGAGAGUUGGCAUAUGAAGCCUUAUUUAGGCUAUGAUGUGAUUGCAGGAUUGCUGGACUCAACAUCUCCCAUCACCCACAAAUCUGAAAACUACUUCUCCAAUCUUCAGGAUUUUCGGAAGGCUAAUAAGGAAGACUGUAUUUCCAGAUAUCCAGAGCUGGAUCCUCUGGACUUAUCCUCAACUACUAGAAACAAGCAAACCCCGGAUUCCCAUCAAUGUUUACAUUGUUACCGAGUCAACCAGCGUCUAUUUACAGUUCCCUUGGAUCCCCUAGCCACCUGCUGUAUGUGCAAGACGUUCUGCGGCCAGAGGGGCCGUGAGACCGUGGAUCACCCUGCCCAAAUCAGAGUCAGUGUCCCUGUCUCAACCUUCCUGCCACCCCACCAAUACCCCAUUCAUCGGCGAAAAAGCUUCGAUGCCUCAGACACCAUGGCUUUGCCUCGGCACUGCCUGAUGGGCUGGGACAACAUCCCCACAUCAUCAGCCUGCAGUUCUGCCCUUAGCAGCCUGGACCUCAGGACCUCCCUAGACCCUGGGACUCAGCAGACAGAGCCCCCAGACCUCUCCGGUUGGGUAAAUCAGCUCAUGCCCAUUCCGGCCAGCCGAGGAACAGAAUCCCCGCCUACUGUCAGGGUGCCUAAAGUCAGAAGGCCCCAGUCUUCUAGGAGCUCAAACUGGAACUGGUCAGACUCCCUGCUCUCCAUGUCUCGAACCACACAAUUCGAGCUAAGCAAUGUGGCUGAGUGCUAUUUGUCGGGUAGCAGGCGCCCCCCUCGGCCAUGA